UGCCACCUGUCAGUGUCCAUCAGUGCCACCUAUCAGUGCCAGUCAGUAGCACCUAUCAAUGCCAGUCAGUGCCGCCUAUCAGUGCCGCCUAACAGUGCCAGUCAGUGCCGCUUAUCAGUGCCAGUCAGUGCCACCUAUCAGUGCCGCCUAUCAGUGCCAUAUGAGUGCUGCCUUUCAGUGCCCAUCAGUGAUGCCUGUUAAUGCCCAUCAGUGCCUCCUCAUCAGUGCCCAUCAGUGCCACCUAUCAGUGUCCAUCAGUGCAGCCUCAUUA